AUGGAACCAGAAGGUAAUUUAAGCAACUACGGUACUCACUUUAUUGUUGGAUUUAUGCCCAAUAGUCGUCACGAUGCUUACAUUGGUGUAUCUAUUCUUGCUUUUAAUGAAACGAAUAUCACGAUCUUUAGCACUCAGACUGGUAACCCUUGGAAUUUUUCGGUACACAUUGACAAAGAAGGAGUUUUUGAAUAUAAGCUACCAAUUGCUCUGCGAAUGAACAAUUGGGCAUUCCUACAAAAAGGUAUUGAGAUUUCAUCAUCGAGAAAUAUUUCAGUUUCGUGUUUGAAUUUUGGUGGAAACAAUAACUUCGGAACUGAUGGAAAACUAGCUUUACCAAUUAACACCCUUUGUUUCGUUUACGUGGUUGCCUCGUAUCCAUCAUGUACUUCCGCAAGUUUGGCCGUAAUAUCAGCACAUAACAACAAUACGAUUAACGUUUUCCCGAACAAGAAUGCUGUUUUACAUUAUCGUGGACUCCUGUAUGAUGGCAAAUCAUCACAACUAUAUAUAACUGAAGUUCUUGAAAAACUUGACGCGCUAUAUAUAUCUAGUUCAUCUGAUUUAUCUGGAACACUUGUUAUUGCAAGCAAGCCAGUGUCUGUGAUAUCUAGCGUAAGCUGCGCUGAUAUUUUUGGGUGGAACUCUUUUCUGGAAGCGACCUUGUUACCUGUUUCACUGUGGGGGUAUGAAUACAUUCUGGCAACAGUAGGAACAAUGGAUAAAUCACAGGGGGAUAUUUUUCGAAUCUUUGCCUAUAAAAAUAAUACCAUUGUUGAAGGUUCACAUUGGACAAAAGUUUUGUCACUUGGGACCUACACAGAGUUAAUACUUGGAAAUAGUUUGACAUCAUAUGUCAAGUGUAGCAACCCAUGCCAAGUUGUGCAAUACAUCAGAGGUGAGGAAAUUAGUGGGAUUGAUGCGGAACCUUCAAUAAUGGUUCUUCCAUCAGUUGGUCAGUUUCUUUCAUAUUAUCACGUGGCACUGCCGCGGUUUGGUACAGAGUAUCACGAUUCAAUAACAAUUUUAAUACAGCAUAAAAAUAUCGAUGGUUUGUAUAUGAAUAGAACAAAAUUGAAUAACUCACGAUGGGAAAGAAUCAAUGGAACAAAUUAUGUUUGGACUGUGAUAAGUUUGUGGGAUCAAAGUACGGUUACAGUGUAUCAUGCUUCGUCGUCUGUGAAGUUUGGUCUUCUUGUAUUUGGGUGGAAUAAAUAUCACUCUUAUGCUUACGCUGGUGGUUUUAAUUUAUACGAUAAAUCAAACGGCAUGAUAAGUUUGUUGGUGUAA